AUGUCCCAUAACACCUCUCUGACGAACCACAACCCUACCAACUACACCAAACAUGCCAACUUUGUGUAUUCUGCCAAGUACACGUCGGCUGUCCUCGAUCUGCUUGAUCCCCAACCGGGGGAGAGUGUGAUUGAUCUCGGCUGUGGCACUGGCCAAGUCACCGAGAAGAUCAAGGCAGCAGUUGGUGACACUGGCAUUGUCCACGGUGUCGACUCUAGUGAAGAGAUGAAUAACAGCGGUGGCAGCAUCUCGUUCUCCAAAGCCGACAUCCAAGAUUACACCACCCUUGACCCAGCACUCAAGGGCAAGUUUGACGCCGUCUUCUCCUCUGCAACGUUUCACUGGUGCAAGGCCAACCCAGGGGGUGUCGUUGACACUAUCAAAUGGCUUCUGAAACCAGGUGGCAGGGUUGCGUUCGAGUUUGGAGGCUUUGGCAAUACGGUUGGCAUUCGAGCUGCUCUUCACGAGGUUCUCCGUCGCCGCGGCGUGGAUCCAACCGUGGUUGAUCCGUGGUACUUCCCGACUGCGAAACAGUAUUGCACUCUGCUCGAACAACACGGAAUGGCACCUGGGGACGUCGACCUGUUCCCCCGUCCAACUCCCCUUCCGACCGACCUGGUUGGCUGGCUCACAACGUUUGCUCGUAAAACGUUCCUCUCGUCUUACAGCCAGAAAGACGCCGACGAAAUUAUGCUGGAGGUUUCCGACCUGGCUCGCCCUGACGCGUAUUGGUGUUCUGCUGCACCUGGCAGUGGUGCCAAGGUUCCUCUGGCACCAUCUGAUGAAGAGGGGUGGGAGAUUAUGUACGUUCGUCUUCGCGGUACUGCCACUUCAAAGUAG